AGCCGGCGGUGGCGGCGUGGCCUGGACGCUCCGCCGCACUCCAGACACUGGCCGUCAAGGUGAAGGCAACAAGGGUUCUGAUUCGCGCGCGCAAGUCCGGCAGAAGCCGCAGGAGCGACGACGCCAUCUCCUCCGCUCCGCAGCCGCCCCUCCCCUGCCUCCUCGGCGGCGUCCUGGCCGGGCCGCGGGCUGCUCCGGCUCCAGCACCUGCUCCACCAGCACCGUCCCGCGCGACACCCCCGCGCCGCAUAGCCGUGUGAUGCAGGCUACCGCAGCCGACGAGUGAAGUGAAGUGACAGCCGUUGCUGCGAUACAUGCUGCUGGUCGCCAUGCUGGUCGGCGUGUUGGCCGCCUACCUCCGCAUGCUGGCGGGGGCGGGCUCAUCGGCGGGCCCCGCCGCGGGCCCCGUCACCCGGGCCGCCUCCCUCGAGGACUCGCUGGCCCAGAACACCAUCCACGGACUCACCAAUGGUUGCUUCGAGCGAGCCGCGGUGGCGGAGCGCCUGCCGACGGGCGACAUCGUGGACGUGGUGUCCGGGAUGACCCUCAAGCAGUGCGAGCUCCGCUGCAGCAGUUCGCGUCCGCCGUGCGGCGCCUUCAGCUUUGGGGUGCACAGCGGCGGCAACACGACCUGCGAGCUGGGCCGGACCUCGUCGGCGCGCAUCAACCAGCACCCGGACUUCGACCUGUACGUGCGCCGGCCCGAGUGCGACGGCGAGCCCCCCGAGGCCCCCUCGCUGCAGCGGCCCCACCACCUGCGCCCGCCCCUGGCGUCGUCGCCGCCCUGGGGCGACCUGCGGGCUGAGCACGCCGGCCACGCGCCCUUCGACAACCUGGAGGAGCCGCUGCCGCCGGCCGCGGCCCAGCACCAGCAGCAGAGACCCCCGCAGCGGCCGCAGCACGACACCGCCGAGCCUCCGCGGCCACCGCCGCAGCAGGACCCGGGCCCUGUCCACCAAGGGCCUAUGCAAGGACACCACUCGGACGGGCCAUACCUCGACGGCACGCAGGGCCACGGCGAGGAAGUCCCCUUCAACCCGGACUUGUGGGCGCUGCCGCCGGGUUCCAACCCGCUCACCAAGCCGGCCCUCGAGUUUGUGUGCUUCCGGCGGGCGUUGGCGGGGGGCCGUCUCCACGAGCAGCUCAUCCGCCGCUCGCUGCCCGCGGACCACGCGGACCGCUGCCGGCGCGCCUGCGCGUCCGAGGACCACUUCACGUGCGAGGGCUUCAACUACCGCCCGGGGGUGGGCAGCUGCGAGCUGACGGCCGUGCCGCUGUCGCUCCUGGAACCGGCGCGUGACUCGCGGGCGGACCGCGACUACGACUACUACGCCCGGGACAGGAACGCCCAGCCGCCGCACUGCCCCGGCGACGACCUGUACGGCCCGGGACCCAUGUGGGGCCACGGCUGGGGCGGUGGAGGCCCCACGGGAGGUGCGCAGCAGGGCUCGGCCUGGGCCUCGACGGGGGCGGCGGCGGGCUGGGCUGGCGGCAACGCCGUGGGCGGCGGCGGGUACGCCCCUGCGUACGCCCCUGGGUACGCCACCGGGUACGCCCCCGGGUACGCCUCCGGCUACGCGCCCUCAACCGCCUCCUCGGGACACCAGACCGAGGUGGGCUUCUACGGUGUCUCGGCCGCCGGCUCGCCGGUGUCGACGCACAGGUAUGACUACGGGAGCUACAUGAGUAACGAGGUUGACCAGCACCACCAGCACGGCGUCACCAAGCCCGGCAAGUACAUGUACGACGGCUACGGGCUGCUCGGCGGCCAGCAGGGUGGCUACGGCGCCACGUAUGGAGGUGGCUACGGCGGCGGCUACGGCGGCGGCUACGGCGGCGGCUACGGUGGCGGUGGUUACGGUGGCGCCGGCUACGGCAACGGAUACCCGCCGAGCUACAUCACGCCCCCGCCGCCCCCGGCACUGCCGCCCCCGGCCCUGCCGCCUCCGGCCCUGCCGCCGCCCGGGGCUGCCCCACCCCCCAUCGGACACCCACCUGUUGGCGACGGAUGUUUCGUCCGCGCGCACGGCGGCUUCCGGAUGGCGGACCGCCUGGUGCAGGCCACGCUCGCCACCACGUCGCUGCCGCACUGCGAGAGGGAGUGCGCCUCGGGCCGCACGCGCUGCAGCGCCUUCGCGUUCCGGUACAACUCGUGGCCGUACAACUGCGACCUGUCGGCGGUGCCGCUGCUCGAGGUGAACCAGUACACCGAGCUGGUGCCGGACCGCAACGCCGACGUGUUCGGACGCGAGUCCCGCUGCGCCGCGCCGCCCACCGGCUGGGACCACGACGCCGGUGAGUGA